CUAUUGGACAAUGUUAAUUGUAUAAAUAUUUCAAUUACUAUAAUGACAUUUUAGUCGGCUGAUUGACACCAUUAUCGAUUUGUCACAAGUAGUCAUAGCUGUAAGAUGCUGUCCAUAUUGACAUUGGUCCUCACAGUUUCCUUAGCACAUGCUGUACUUUGGCCAAAGGGAACUUAUACACUAGUCAAACCGAAAUCUGGAUGUCCGUAUGGAUGGAAGGAAGGAUGGAGGCAACAAGAUAAUGAAGACGAUAGCAAUUCCAACUACAUUCCACCAAAUCAUCAAUUCUACGGUACCUUUCAAGGAAACUUUGUGUUUCAUUAUUGUACUAAAGAUGCACAUUCUACAUCCGGAUCUCAAAAUUGGCCAAGAGGAAAUUACUGUAUUCUGAAACAAAUAUCUUGUCCACCAGGCUUCGAAACCGGAUAUAUAUAUUGGGAUGAUGAGGAUAGUAGUAAUGCAAACUCGAAAGAUGGAGUACUCCCAAGUGGACAUUUUGAUAGAAACACCCUCAUACAUUACUGUUGCAGAUCUGACGGAUACUACAUGAAUGGAAUUGAUCUUCCAAAAAGUAAACCGUUCUAUUUGUUACGCUACACAUCGCCAUGUCAAAGGGUCAAAGGAAUGUCUGUUCAAGAGCAUGAGGUAAAAACAGAUGAUGAGGACAAUAAUAACAAAAACUUUCAAGGUGGAAGUCACCCUAAAAAAACUGGAGGCAACACCAAACUCUACUACUGUUACUAUCAAAAGUAUUAAUAAUAUGCUGGAAAUCACUCACUGAAUGAAGGAGACGACAAGAACAUACUUUACUACUGUUGAAAUUUUUGAAACAUUGCUCUAAAUAGUAAUAAGAUAAAGACUCUUAAAAACCCAUUGAUUUUAUUUAAAUAAAAAAAGAUACAAACUUUACAAA